AUGAUCAACGAUGCCACCCACUGCCCUUCGCUCGUCGCCCUCGCUGACGGCAUCGGCGCCACGAACCGCGUUCACUGUAUCGCACGCGACGACGUCAUCCCAGGGAUCACGCUGAAGAGUUUGGAGCGGCUGCCGGCGGAGGUGAGGGGCUGGAUAUUCCAGCAGCUCGUCAAGUUCGGGGCCGCCCUCCACCUCGCUGAUCUCUCGCCUCUCUUCCUGGUGUGGGACUCGGACCUCCUGCCGCUCAGGCCCAUCCCCCUCUUCAGCUACAUCUCCUCCCUCGACCAGCCUAGGGGCACCUUCUUCGCGGGCCACAUGGCCGCGCACAACGCCAAGGCCCGAGAGAACUACCACGGCAUGUACGAGGUGCUCACCGGCCUGAAGCUGAUCGACCCCCCGGGCGGUAGCUGGAUCUUCGGCUGGCAGGUGUGGUACCGACCCUACGUCGAAGAGCUCCUGCACCACAUCGCCGCCAAGGCCGGCAGGGACCACAGCGAGUGGGCGCAGGUCAUCAUCGAUACGAUCGUGAGGGAGGCCAAGGCGAGGCCGGGCAUGAUCAUGCGGAACUCGUUCUCUGAGUAUGACUCCUACGGGUCGUGGGUGUGGACGCGGCAUCCCCAGCACGUCGACUUCUGGCACAAGUCGGACGACCUCUGGAUUCGCUACCCCAAGCCGCUCAAGAAGGGCGAGUGCUGUCCGACCUACAAGACGCUGUGUGCCCUGACGCAGAAGUACGUAUAUGUGCCCUGGGAGAACCACAAGUUCGACUCCUGCACCGCCAAAGUCAUCCACAACACCCAGCAUACCUUGCGACCACCUGCACAGCCGUCACAGUGA